AAUGAAAUCAACACUGACGAUACGUUCAAUCAAAUUAUCGAUAAAAUGUCUAUAGUUGAUGGAAUUCGUUACUGGGCACUUUCCACCAACGCGCCGCAUAGCUCCAUAAACAUAAUUUUAAAGCUUUUUUAAAAAGCCAACGUCAAAGUCCCUUUAACCGCUAAAACUUUGCUGCGGACAAAUCGGAAUCCUUCGACGGAGAUAAAGCAGAUUGGUGGUGGCCAGUUCUGGUACAGAGGGUUUGAGAAGUGCUUGCUAAAUUAUUUUCGCUUCAAUAAGAUAACAAUUAAAAACUUAUCGUUAACGGUGUCAAUCGACGGGCUACCGCUACACAACAGCAGCAACAUGCAGUUUUGGCCUAUUCUGUUUACUGUGUAUGAAUUAUCUGAAUCGCCAGUAAUGACAGCAGCAAUAUUCUGCGGACAAAAUAAGCCAGAAAGCGUGGAGGAAUAUCUGCGACCAAUGGUCGAAGAAUUAAAUUUUCUUACGACAAAAGGAAUUACAAUCAACGGAGAGUUUUUUACCGUAAAAAUAAGAUGCUUUGUUGCAGAUACUCCAGCCAGAGCAUUUAUUAAAGGUGUAACAGGCCAUACGGGAUAUGCAGGAUGCUUAAAAUGUACGGUAAUUGGUACAUACCACAAUGAAGCACAUACGAUGGCGUUCACAGGCCUUAACGCACCAAAAAGAACGGAUCAAGGCUUUAGAGACGACGCAUACCCAGGCCAUCGUAAAACAUCGACACCGAUUACAGAUCUGUUAGGCAUCGAUAUUAUUGAAGACAUUAUUACAGCGGACCGCUUACAUCUUAUAGACCUUGGCAUAAUGAAAAGAUUGAUUAUUGGUUGGCGCGAUGGAUCACUGGGCAGAAAACGAUGGUCGCCUCGGCAAUUGACACAAAUUUCAGAGCAACUGGAAAAGAUUCAAUUACCAACAGAAAUCCACCGUAAGCUUCGAUCGAUAAAAUAUUUACAUUAUUGGAAAGCAUCGGAGUGCGCAUCCUUUCUUCACUACGCAUCAAUAGUUAUUUUGGAAGACCAUCUUCCAACUGAUAUUUAUAAUCACUUCAUGUUACUUUUUUGCGCAGUAACAUUACUCUCAUCCACCAUUUACAAAGAUAAAUGGCAAUUUGCUGGUCAGUUUCUGGAUCGCUUUGUACAAGAUUUUGACAAAGUGUACGGCGAGAGAUACAUGAGCAGUAACGUGCACAACUUACAACACAUGUAUGACGAAGUGCAACGGUUUGGAUCAUUGUCGUCUAUAUCCACAUACCCCUUUGAGAAUCAAUUGCAACAUCUGAAACGAACACUUCGAAGCGGAUUCAGAAACUUAGAACAAGCGAUAAAUCGAAUAUCUGAGUGUGAUGAAUUUCAUCUCUCCAAAUCAAAUAGCCAGAUAAAGUUUCCUACAGUUGCAGUUAAAGGAAAUACCACAACCGUUCAUGUCAGGCCCGGCUUUCAGCUUCGUAACAACCUGAGGGACAGUUGGUUCCUAGCAAAAGAUGAAAAAAUUGUUAAGUUUCACGAAACGAACCAGUGCUCCGAACAUGACAUCGAUAAAAUAACCAUUAAAGGCUAUGAACUAUGUGUGAAAGGUUUGAUAUUCAAUGAUCCGAUCGAAUCCAGCGAAAUAUUCAUCUUUAAGGGAUGUACAAAUAGUUUAUCAGAGUCUCUUAUGGAAAUGUCAAUAGAACAAAUUAAAUGCAAAUUAGUAGCGGUACACACGAAUCGCAAACAUGAAGCAAUAUUUAUUCCUCUCAUCCAUACACUAGUUUAA